GCACGACCGGAAGUUUCUGUCCGCGGCUUUGCGGGGAUAGGGGAGCGGUAGACCCCGCAGUCAGAAUCCAGGUGCCGAGGCGCUGGGGUUUAGGAGGCAGACGGGGCAGUUAGGGAGACCCAAACGGUGGGAGACAGGCCUAACCCCGACCACAUCUGGACUGCCCUCCUCGUAGCGGUCUGCCUCUUCACCCCGCCUCAGUUGGGGCUGAAGUGGCUCCGCCCCCCGGCCUGAGCCUGGUCCCUUCUCAGGCAUUGACCCUUGACCUCGGGGCGCUCCCCCAUCGGGCGCGAUGGCCACAGGCGCGGAUGUGCGGGACAUACUAGAACUCGGAGGUCCAGAGGGGGAUGCAGCUUCCGGGACCAUCAGCAAAAAGGACAUUAUCAACCCAGACAAGAAAAAGUCCAAGAAGUCCUCCGAGACAUUGACCUUCAAGAGGCCCGAGGGCAUGCACCGAGAGGUCUAUGCACUGCUCUACUCUGACAAGAAGGAUGCACCCCCACUGCUACCCAGUGACACUGGUCAAGGCUACCGCACAGUGAAAGCCAAGUUAGGCUCCAAGAAGGUGCGGCCCUGGAAGUGGAUGCCGUUCACCAACCCAGCCCGUAAGGAUGGAGCUAUGUUCUUCCACUGGCGACGGGCAGCUGAGGAGGGCAAGGACUACCCCUUCGCCAGGUUCAAUAAGACUGUGCAGGUUCCUGUGUACUCAGAGCAGGAGUACCAGCUGUACCUCCACGACGACGCCUGGACUAAGGCAGAGACGGACCAUCUCUUUGAUCUCAGCCGCCGCUUUGACUUACGUUUUGUAGUAAUCCACGACCGCUAUGACCACCAGCAGUUCAAGAAGCGUUCUGUGGAGGACUUGAAGGAGCGGUACUAUCACAUCUGUGCCAAGCUUGCCAAUGUGCGGGCUGUGCCAGGCACAGACCUCAAGAUACCGGUGUUUGAUGCUGGGCACGAGCGGCGGCGGAAGGAGCAGCUGGAGCGUCUCUACAACCGGACCCCGGAGCAGGUAGCAGAGGAGGAGUAUCUGCUGCAGGAGCUGCGCAAGAUUGAGGCCAGGAAGAAGGAGCGGGAGAAGCGCAGCCAGGACCUGCAGAAGCUGAUAACGGCGGCUGACACCACCGCAGAGCAGCGCCGCACCGAGCGCAAGGCCCCCAAGAAGAAGCUACCCCAGAAAAAGGAGGCGGAGAAGCCGGCUGUUCCCGAGACUGCAGGCAUCAAGUUCCCAGACUUCAAGUCUGCCGGUGUUACCCUGCGGAGCCAGCGGAUGAAGCUGCCAAGCUCCGUGGGACAGAAGAAGAUCAAGGCCCUGGAGCAGAUGCUGCUGGAGCUUGGUGUGGAGCUGAGCCCGACGCCCACGGAGGAGCUGGUGCACAUGUUCAACGAGCUGCGGAGUGACCUGGUGCUACUCUACGAGCUCAAGCAGGCCUGCGCCAACUGCGAGUACGAGCUACAGAUGCUGCGGCACCGGCACGAGGCCCUGGCCCGGGCCGGUGUGCUUGGCCCUGCCACGCCAGCGUCCGGCCCAGCUCCAGCCUCUGCGGAGCCGGCAGUGCCUGACCCCGGUCUCGGCCCCGACCCCACCAAGGACACCAUCAUUGAUGUGGUGGGCGCGCCCCUCACGCCCAAUUCGAGGAAGCGACGGGAAUCAGCCUCCAGUUCCUCUUCUGUGAAGAAAGCCAAGAAGCCAUGAGAGGCCACAGUGGGUGCGGGUGCUGCUGUGUAAAUAGAGCUGCUGAGUCGGA